AUGGCAGCAGAAAUUGACGAUCAAUCACAUACGAUCACAUCUCGUUUUAAUGAACAACAACGAUUUGAAGCUGAAAAUAAACGACUUUAUGUAAGAAGUUCAAUAAUUAAAAAACCAAAUGCUAACAUCAAUAAUGAUCCAUGGAAAUUAAAACCAAUUGAUUUUUCUGUGAAAAAUUUUCAUCCCAAACCUCAUCGAAGACAUGAGUUAACAAAUUUUAUUGAGCAACAGCCCUCAUUGUUAGACAAAAAUAAUAAAAAGAGCAGAGAUGAUGCAGCCGUAAUGAAAUAUUUCUCACGAUAUUUAACACAACCGUCUAAUAACGAGAAAAUUAAAAAAUUUAUAACGAGACCUCGUAUAGAUCGAGAACCAAUUAAAAAUAUAACACACACAGGAAAAUUUCAAGAUGCAAAACCACAUGACUUUAGAGGAUAUCCAAAAAUUGAAGAACUAGGGUUGUCGGAAUUUGAAACAAAUUACGAACAUGAUCCAUUUAACAUUCAAUUUUUAUCGUCAAAUCUACGAACUUUAUGGAGUGAUCAGUUUGAUAAACAAUCUUCUGACGACAACAAGUCUCACAUUCAAAUGUAUCGUGUCUUGACAUCAAAACCGCAGUGGGAUAGAAAAUUAAUUCUUCCAAAACUGAUUUAUCCUACGCCGUAUGCUGCAUAUACGCGAUAUCGAAAACCGAACCGCACUCCUCAAAGUGCGUAUUGGAGUCGGGUGGAAGAAACUUUAUCCAAGCAAAGAACGAAUAAACAACAACUACAUUUGUCGACAAUAAAUACGUCUAAGGAUAUACGUAUUGAAUGA